CAGCCACACUAUUUUACGAGAAGAAGAAGAGAAGCGGCAUGUGUUUUGUAUUUUUCGGGGGAUUUUGAAUUUAUGAUUGAAUACUGGAUAAAGAAACCCUGUAGCCAGGCCAGCAAACAUGCCGCGACCCUACCAGAAGGUUCUUAAAAUUGCCAAACUCAGUGCCCAGCUGAAGGCCAAAACCGGGGACGAUGAGUCCGAGGAAGAGAUCGAUUUUCAGGGGGAUCCCGAAGAGAAGGACUGGAACGAGCCAGGGCACCUAACGCGGACUCUGCAAAACGCACCGCAUUACGCCAUCGCGGCCGCAAACAGUGGAAUGCUGGGCCAAAUGCUCCACGACCAGGACGAGGAUAUGGCCCAGGACUUUCCCAACUGCUUGGUGACGGUGCCACUGCCACUGUUCGUAGCCGAAGACGGGCAAACGCCCCGUGUGGAGGCCUGCGUCCAAAGACCUCAAGCCUACGACGAAUGGAUGCGGCAGUUGAAUGCCCACAAUGUCCACUAUAAUAAGCGCACCAAAAAGAUGAAGCAGCGUGAGCAAAAGCACCGGGAACAAGUCUACGAUGUCAGCCUGUACGACAUGGCCGAACACAUUGCCCGGCAGGAGAAUCCCUUCUUCCGGGACAGCUACGAUUACUAUUACACAGGCGGAAACCUCAACACGAUUCCGUUUGAGGGAGGUGGUCACCUGGCCCUGCAUGUCAGCGGGGACAAGCUGACGGAUCUGAACUUUUCCGAGAUCAAUGGUGAGGCGGAGUUGUGGCAUCCUUUGCAUUCGACUAAAAUGAAGAACGCCUCCAGUGAAGUCUUUGAACUUUUUCCGUUGGAGAGAUUGCCAGCAAAUAGUGGUCGGAAGUUCCUGGCACGCUUUCUAAAUGAGAUUUCCCUGUACGAGCUGAAGCGAGAAGAGGACUUGGAAGACUACGAACUGUAUUGCCACAGCACGUUCAGCAGUCAGGAAGCUCCAUUUACUAGUGCCGCGCAGUCUUUUGGCAAUGCUAAUACAUUGGCCCUGGCCUGCCAGGAUCGCUCUUUGCGCUUUGUGGACAUUCUGACCCAACAGGAUAUAGCCAAACAUAAUAUUCGGCUGUUCAAGGGACUGCAACAAACCUCGAGCACCUGGGCCCAGCUACAGCCUGCAGAUGGCAACACCUUUCACUAUCUCUCGCAGCCUGUUCUGCUCACCGUGGAUGUAAGAUGCGAUAAGCCGCUGAAUCCUUGCUUCUCCAGCAGGUUCUACUCCAAGGCCUGUGAGAGUUUCUCUUGUUUGGCCAAAAGUGUGAAUCCCAAUCUCCUGUACGUGGCUAGCAACCACAAACUCCACUGCUUGGACGUAAGAUGUUUGGGCAAGAAACUGGCCGAUCGUUCUGUGGUGACCUGGACACAUCAGAUGACCUAUCCGCCCACUUUUAUGGACACAUUCGCCCACCAGGAAAGUGAAUAUGUAGCAUUAGCUGGAGUUUUUCCCAGUGAUCUGCGAGUUUGCGAGCUAAAGGGAUAUGGAGCCCAGUGUGUGGAUGAAAUGUUCUCACCUGCAAUGCCCUUUUCUCCGCCAACCCUAGAAGAAGCUUUAGUAGAUGCUCGCUUGAGAGGCUUUGUGGAUGUCUACACUGAUCUGCCCGAGCGGGUCAAGGCAUGCCUCACGGGACUCCGCUUUCAUCCAUUGGAAGGGACAAGUGAUCAGGCUUUUGCCCAGCUACUAAGUGCAAACAGCUUGGGAGAUGUUUACUGUCAAAGACUUACGCUUAGAGACGAAGACGACCAUGUCCAGGAGAUGAGAACCGGACUCCACACCGCGGAAGUCAUUCGUUACACAGCCAAGGUUAUCCAGGAGCGCGUAAAACGCCAGAGUCUCCGUUGCACUGAAGUUCAAAGGAUACCGGAAAUUAGAGAUAUUUUUCGAGAAGCCGCAAAAAGUUCAAAACCAGAUGAAAAGCCUCUUAUAGUAGAGGAAAUCGAAAUUGACUACGGCAUCGAAGAUACAGAUGUAUCGGAGGACGAAAUCCAAAACUCCGAAAGGGCAGAAAAAGGACCAACGAAAUCCGAAGGCAAAGCUAAGAAGAAAAAGAAAUCAAAGGAGAAACCAAAACAGCAACCAAAAAAACAAACUCCCAGCAAAGUUAAUCCAAAAAAAGACAAGGGCAUAAACCGUGGCCCCUGGCAAAAGUCUGCUUACCAAUUGUCUCGCUACACGGACUUUUUGUCGACCCACUUGCUAGAUGUGUGGGAUAUGGAGGAGUUUGAUUAUACAAGAGAUGUAAAUAGGGAAAUGUUCCAAGAACGCUUGCAUCAGCAAUUGGAGCCGGAGAAACGCAUGACCGAUUGGUUAAACCAACUGCCCAGCCAGCCAAACGAAAUCAAUGCAGACGAAGUGACGGAGGGAAAUCCCGACCUGGUGCCGGGAACGAAGCUUCCCAAGCUAUACGCCGCCACUACAGCGGAGUACUCAGAGAUGAAUGGGCACAUUAAAGAGCAACCUAUUACUCCCAAAAAGGAAUCGCCUCUCACCUUUCGGCACGAGCAUUCGGUUCUCCUGCCCGGGCAGAAUACUAUAAUUGAAGGAGAUCUUAAUCCCAGGCCGGCUAAGAGACCCAAGAUCAAGCACGUAAUGGGAUUCUAGUACAAGUUUAAAUUAGGCAGUUAAGUUACUUUUAUAAUUCAUUCUACAUUUUCUCCAUGUAAGUAUAUCUAGAAUUUGACAAAUUAUGCUGCUUUAAAAAGUAUGAUUAUUUUAGUUACAACUUAAGCCAUCAUUUGAAUAAAGUCGUUAUUUUUUGUUAGCAAAUAUAAACUACGAAAGUUUAUAAUCCUUAAUAAAUGUACAUUUUUUAACA